AUGACUGAAGCCAUCCAGCGGACUUUGAAACCGUUGAGCUCACCAGGAAAACUACGACGACCCAGCACCGUCGCUUCUCAGCAGUCAGAAACAAAAAGAGGGAAGAGCAGGGAACCCGAAACUGACACUACGGUAGUCGAGGCCUAUCUGAAGUCCGAGCGGCCCGUUCAUUGCCGUCGAACUUUGGAUCAAUACUGCUACUACAUGCUGGACACAACCGAGACAAGGGAUCGUGAUCAGGUGGUAUACAAGUGGGCACGCAAACAGCACCAGCGGGCUUCCCGAGAUAUCGACACAGGAUCGAGCGAUGCCCGCGAAACACACCACUGGCCGCUUAAGUCAGAAGUCCUUGAUGGAACAACGAUACCUGGUGGUAUGGAAGACGACCAUGAGCAUUUCAAGGCCAAACUCCGGCCCAUUAUCAUGGUGGACCAGCUCUGGCUGUGGAUUCUUCCCGAUGGUUUGUCUCACUUCGUCACCAUGGCUGGUACCUGCCUUGGCUAUGCGUGUACUUAUGUGCUGACCCGAAUGUCUAGGGACUGUAGUAUCUAG